UCUCUGUCGUCCAUCAUCUCCACCACCAACCACUGCUGCCUAUAAUCCAUGUCGAGCAAGCCUGCAGCCCGUCUCCAGCUGGCCGAGCUGGUUCUGAUGGCAGCCCCGCUGGCGGCGCUCACCACCUCGUCGCCACCCCGACUGGCCCGAUCAGGUCUGCUCUUGCUGGCCGUCCUACUGCUGCAACGCAAGGAGUGUCUUCCACUCUCGGUCGGGUCGAGUGCAUUUCGACCCAGCAUCGGCCAGGGGCUUCCGCUCCUGCUAUUGAUUCCAACUGUCGCCGAAGCAGUUCAUCAGGACGCCGCAUCGACAGUGCUCAAUCCAGAGUACGCUGAUGUUUUGUCGCUGAUGGCAUAUGCGAUUGCGGCGCUGCAACUCGCCAACGUUGCUAUCGUUCGGUGGGCCGCGUCCUCCAAGGACUGUUUCUCUGGAUUGGCUCCCAGUCUGGUAGUUGCGCUCUUGCUGGUGCUCGUUGGCAAACAGAGCACCGAUCUUGGCGGCCAAGCUCCUACUCCUUUGCUGCUCCUUGCCGCCCUUUGGGCCGUGCUUGGAUCGCAAGCGUCGCUGUACUUUGUCUGCUCGGCAUUUGCCCGGAGCUUCACCCUUGGCGAAUGCGCUGUGGUAGGAUCUUGGUGGACCCUGCUGUCCUUUGAUGCUGCCGCAAGAACUAUCUAUAAGCUCGGCGCUCUAUCUUCGGCAUCGUACCUGGGAAUCUCAAGCCCGCACUACGUCUACCACCAAGCACUGCUGCUCGGCAUGGCUGCUAUCGGAUUGGUGCUCUAUCCACUCCUGUCGGCAAUCAAGAAACAAGCAAAGCGACACAUCGGGGGUCAUGGCUCAAACAGCCGUUUGGGGGCGGCCUUCUACGUCCUGGCACUCUCUGUCAUCGCUGUCAUUAUUGCCCCAUGGUGCGAUUUGUUCCUGGGCCGAUUUGGAUCCAUAUUCUGGAUUAUGCAGUUCGUGCUUGCCCCAAGAAUCGCUGGCAUCUGCUGCUACUUUGCGACCUUGAUUCUCGCGGCAGUGUGGUUUGCCUCGCUGCGACUUGCCAAAGGAUCGCCGACAUCGGCCCAACUCAACAUGCGACGCAAGUUUUACCAUGCGUUGGCCAUCCUCCUGUUCGUUCCCGGGUAUCUGCUCGAGCCUGUGUUUAUGCACAUUGCCUUCUCGGUUGCCUUGAGUGGCACCUUCUUUGUCGAGUACCUCCGGUAUUUUCGAGUCUGGCCGUGGGGCCAUGCCAUCGAGCUGUUCCUGCGGCAUUUUAUCGACUCGCGCGAUGCUGGACCGGCUGUCCUGGCACACAUCUAUCUUCUUGUUGGAUGCGCUGUGCCUGUGUGGCUCAAUAGCCUUGCUAUGGAUCGGAAACUGGCUCUCGGCCUUGGCGGAAUGCUGACGAUCGGCGUCGGCGACUCCAUGGCAUCGAUCGUUGGGAAGCGCUUUGGCAGACACCGAUGGCCGGGCACGAAAAAGACCAUGGAGGGCACGGCGGCAUAUAUUGUCAGUGUCUUGGUGGUCUAUCAAGCAGUUUCGAUGCUCCUGGCUCCCGAAGAUCGCAUCCCGAUAUUUGGACUCGCUGUCUCGACCUUAACGGGAGCGAUGCUCGAGGCCGUCUCGGAUCAAAACGACAACAUUAUGAUCCCGGCGUACACGUUCUGCUGGCAGGCCUACUUUGCCGUCCACAGCCAGUCGCUAUGAUUCCCAGUGUCGGUGGGGCGUAUCUGCAUUGAUUUGGGUCGAGAACUAGGCCAGUCCGCCGUGUUAGCAAAAGGACCCAAAAAUCGGUGAAACUUUGAGGCAAAUUUUCGGUCUGUUUGUGCAUCAUGAAAGUACCUGUGCAAUCCAACUGCUG